GAAGGGGUUAUUGGAAAUAGCGGGGUUUUAGGAUUGUCUUUAGCAACCGACCUCUCCGAUUACUCCAACGGCGGUGUGUGUGUGUGAAACGGCGUUAAUGUUUUAUAUCUCUCUGCCGGCUUUUUAUCUCUCUCUUUUGUUUUUUUUUUCAACGGCUGCGAUUUAUUUUUCUUCUCUGUGACCAAACCCAUCUUCAAAGGUUUUCUCUUUCUUCACUCUUUUUUUUUUUUUCUUCUUUUUCCUUUUUGUUUGUCGUUCCCAGAAUUUUCAUCAAAGUUUCUCCGAUCUCCAGGUUUCCAAGGAAACUCAAUUUUAGACGCAAGAGCAAACUCCAAAACUCAAAUUUUGUUGUUUUUUUUUAUCAUAAAGUUUUGAUAUUUAUUCUUUAUUUGAGUAAAUAAAUGGGAUAUGAGCUUGAUCGAGAUGUUGUUCGGUGGGGUCUUCAUGAUCUGGAGGUUUGUACGCUUACCAAUGCUGGUUCUUCCACUAGUGUAACACGGUAUGAGCCAGAUGCUGGUACUCAAGGCUAUGUUACAGAAGGUUACAAUCAGCCUGUGACUGCUGGUUAUGUAGACAAUGAUGCUGUCAUUGCUCAGUUUUAUCAAGACGAGUUGUCUAGACUUGCUCAAGCCGAAGCAUCCGGGAUCAAUAAUCCUAAUCGGAACUCUGUUGUUGAACAAGAGUGGCCUCACUCUCAUCAAGUGAAGGACCAUCAAGGGGAAGGUGUUGAUAUUUACCAGGAAAGUGAUAUUCUUCAUAAUCACAACAGUGACAUGGAUGAUAAGAAUGCUGCAAUGUGGAACCAAGGAGGGCAAAGUUCCCCAUCUCAUGAUGAUGACUCAGUUUGUUCUGUAGAAAUAGAAGAAGAGUCUUGGUCAGAGUUUGGGAAGCGACUGAACGAAAUGAUACCUAUUGCUCACGUGCCGAAAAUUAAUGGUGAAUUACCGUCAGAGGAUGAGCAGGUUUCUGAUCAUGAACGGCUAUUUCAGAGAUUACAGCUUUAUGGCUUGGUGGAGAACAAGAUUGAAGGAGAUGGAAACUGCCAGUUUCGGUCACUAUCAGAUCAGCUUUAUCGCUCUCCAGAACACCAUCAUUUUGUCAGAGAACAAGUUGUUAAUCAGCUUGCAUAUAAUCGAGAGAUGUAUGAAGGUUAUGUUCCAAUGGCGUUCAAUGACUAUCUUAAAACAAUGAAACGGAAUGGAGAAUGGGGUGAUCAUGUUACACUUCAGGCUGCUGCUGAUUGGUUUGGUGUUCGGAUGUUUGUGAUAACUUCAUUUAAGGAUACAUGUUACAUUGAGAUCUUGCCGCAUUUUCAGAAGUCUAAUCGCCUUAUAUGUUUAAGCUUCUGGGCUGAGGUUCAUUACAAUUCAAUCUAUCCUGAAGGAGAGCUGCCUAUACCGGAAAGCAAGAAGAAGAAGAAAUUUUGGGUUUUCUGAGCUCUCUUCCUUCCUUUUGAUGGUGGAACCAAGCUGGUGAAGUCUGCAUAUUAUUAUGUUUAUUCUUUUGACUAACUUAGAAUUUUUAGUUGUAGAGAGCAAUUUGCUCUUGUAUAUAGUGAACAUAAUCCAAUUAACUAUAGCCUUAGUUCAUUUUUUAAAUAAAAGUCUCUUAUUUCCA